UUGAAAGUGAAGAAGACAAUCUGUGGAGGCCCGAUGUUCGAGAAUCUGAAGAAGAGAUUUUGGCAAGAGGAUUAGAGUUCAUGAAAUGGUUAUGGAAGAGACCAGAGAAGGAGGUUGCGGUUGUCAGCCAUGGCAUAGUUUUGCAGCAUAUGUUGUAUGUGUUCGCAAACGAUUGUGACGUGUCAGUUAGACAUGAACUUUGCAAGAGGUUUGCUAAUUGCGAAAUUCGCACUGUUGUGAUUGUCGACAAAAGCCUUAGUUCUUCUACGGAGAAUUGAUUCCAAGGAGAAAUUUCAAAGAGUUUACAGAACCUUCUUUUUUUUUUGGCAAUACAGAACCUUUAUUAAAACCAUUGUUGAAGAAGUUAUUUAAUAUUUAUUUAAUUUUUAUUAUUGAAGUUCAGUAUUGUUGAGCUUCUUCUAUUUGCCUGAGCCCCUCGCUUAUCUACUUUCCGUCUUCUGCAUUUUUAAAAAUUGUAUUGAAUAAAGAGACAUUUUCGCACAGUAACUCUAUUUUUUUUGGUAGGCUACACAG